GUUCAGACUUCUUUUGUCGUCUUCCUCCUCUUCCCAUUCUACUUCCUCUUAUGCCGCUUCCUUCAUGUUCAUGGCAUGUUUAGACAAUAUCAUUAUCAUCAUGUAUAAUCAUCAUCAUCAACAAAGCUCCGACCACCCUAAAUCCUCCAUUAAUCCACCCAUCAGCCCCCGUAUUUCCUUCUCCCACGACUUCGCUGAAUCUCUCCAUUCUCGUCCCCAGAUCCUCAAAUCCACCAGAGACUACUCCGCUCCGGUUUCCUCCGACUUCGAGUUUUCCGUUUCUAACAACUCCAUGAUGCCUGCUGAUGAGCUUUUCUUCAAGGGUCGUUUGUUGCCUUUCAAGGAUAGUGCCGCCGGAUCCGGUAUCGGACAGAAAACCACUCUUCGUGAUGAGCUCCUUGCCGGAGAAGAUGAAGACUGCAACGGAGGUGGUGGCGGCGGUGGCAGUAGUUUGUUUAGGCCGCCGAAGGCUUCUAGUGGUACACGGUGGAAAGGGUUUUUGGGUCUCCGGAAAUCUCACAUUGGGUCGAAAAGAUCCGAUAAGAACGACGGAUCCGGGUCUGGGUCUGUGUCGGGUCAAGAUGACGUUCAUGCUUCCAAAUCUUCACAGGAAAUGAUGACUCAAGGAGGAGGAUCAAGUAAUUGCCGGGACAUGGAAUUUAGGAUGCAAUGAGUAUGAAUGAUGUAAAGGUGGGGGUGAUUUUUUAUUGGAAGAUGGGGGGUUAUUCGUGUAAUUUUAGGUAGAGGAGUGAGGGUAAUUUAGGGAUUUUCGAUGUGAAAAUCACCAUAGAAGUUUGUGUUUGAUGAUGGAGUUUGCAUGAAGCUGGAUGGUGGAGGGCAAAAUUGUAAUUUUGGUAGUGGGAUAAAUGGAUCUCUAACAGU